AUGAACGCUCUGGCUCCUGUGCUUUGCUUGGUCAUGGUGGCUUGCGCCUCCGCUGGCGGAUUGGGAGGUUAUGGUGUUGGAUACGGAGGCUAUGGAUUAGGCUACGGUGGCCUUGGGUACGGCGGAGGUCUCGGUGGAGCGGGCGUCGGCAGCAGCGUGGUUCUGCUGAGCGGCGGUCCUGGUUUCGCAAAAUCAGUGGCCGGGCCCGCCUUCCUCGUGCGUACUGUGCACCACGUGAAUAAGGUCCAUGGCGGAGGCGCCAUCGUUGCCCACUCCGGCCUCGGAGGCGUUGGUGGCGGACUCGGCUACGGAGGUGGUCUGGGAUAUGGCGUUGGUCUUGGCUACGGCGCUGGUUAUGGAGGCGGUCUGAAGUACGGAGGAUACGGCCUGAAGGGAUGAAUGUCAUGUAGCCCUGAGGUAUAAUUUCUUUUCUUCUGCCUACUGCUUUUAUUAAGAAUAGAGAAUAGUAUAAGUGUGCACA